AUGGAGCCCUUGAAGGAGCGGGCUGGGUGGUGCGCAGGGUACUUGGGGGAGGAGGCUGUGGCUGAAAUGAGACCUUUGCUACAAGAGAAUGCUGGACAGGAUGGUACUGAAAUGAAGGUUGAGCCCACAGGUUGGGGAUCAGAGGAUCCAGAGAUAGAGGAGGAAAAUACAGGUCCAGAUCCUGUGCGGGUCUUGAUGUUGCCACUUCAGGCCCAGCAUGCCAUGGAGAAGAUGGAAGAAUUUGUUUUGAAGGUUUGGGAGGGCCGUUGGCGUGUUAUGCCCUAUGAUGUGCUGCCUGACUGGCUGAAAGACAACGAUUUUCUCCUGCACGGACAUCGGCCACCCAUGCCUUCCUUCCGCGCCUGUUUCCGCAGCAUCUUCCGGCUCCACACCGAGACUGGCAACAUCUGGACUCAUCUGCUUGGGUUCCUCUUCUUCCUGGUUUUGGGCAUUGGCUACAUGUUCAGUCCCAACAUGAAAUAUGUGGCCCCCAUUCAGGAGCGUGUGGUCUUUGGCAUGUUCUUCCUCGGAGCCAUUCUCUGUCUUUGUUUCUCCUGGCUAUUUCACACGGUCUAUUGCCACUCUGAGAAAGUUUCUCGCACCUUCUCCAAAUUGGAUUACUCUGGAAUUGCCCUGCUCACCAUGGGCAGUUUUGUUCCCUGGUUGUAUUAUUCGUUCUACUGCUCACCACAACCCCAGCUCAUCUACCUCAUCAUCGUCUGUGUGCUGGGUAUAACAGCCAUCAUGGUGUCGCAGUGGGAUCACUUUGCCACGCCACAGUAUCGGGCAGUGCGGGCAGGUGUAUUUCUAGGCCUAGGGCUGAGUGGACUGGUGCCCACCCUCCAUUUCAUGUUCACUGAAGGUUUUAUCAAGGCCACAACAGUGGGACAGAUUGGUUGGCUCUUCCUCAUGGCAGUCCUCUACAUCUUGGGAGUAGGCUUGUAUGCUGCCCGCAUUCCUGAACGUUUCUUCCCCGGCAAGUGUGACAUCUGGUUCCAUUCACACCAGAUCUUCCACGUCUUGGUGGUUGCAGCUGCCUGUGUCCAUCUUCAUGGGGUCUCCCAGCUGCAGGCAUUCCGCUCAUCACUGGGUGGCAGCUGCACGGAGAACACUGUGCUCUGA